AUGGAGUUCAAAGAGAAGCUGAAAGAGAUGAAAGCAGCAGAAGAGGCUGAAAAGGCUCAACUGGAGAACUCUGAAUCCACCAAUAAGAAUGAAGCUUCAGAGCUGCAGAGCAGUAAUGGAGAGGUUACUGAGGAGGUCACAGCGAAUGGGGAACAGACGCAAGAGGCCACAGACGCAAAUGCAGAAAGUCAGUCAGCGGAAACCAAUGCUUGUGAGAAAUCAGACCAUUCAAACAUGAAUGGCCAGAUCGAGUCCCAUCUGCAUAACGGAAAUUGUGCCACAAAAAACGAAAGUGAGGAGGAGGAACAACAAUCAAACACCACUAACGGUGUCUCCACUGAGAGCCAAUCAAAAUCAAGUAAUGUUUUGAUGUCAGUGUUGUUGGCAGUGUAUCUGUUAGCUGGAGGCGAAACCGCUCUGGCUCAACGCUGCCUGUAUCGUGCCAAAGUUCUUCUGCUGGCAGUUCACGGAGCAGAUCAUCCUUACACUGCAGUCAUUGAUGCUUCUCUGGGAUUGGUUCUUCAGGGAGAGCAGGCAUUACAGUAUCUACAGAGUGCACUGAAACUCAAUAGCUCCUUCAGGGGAGACGCAGACCUGACGACAGCUCUGAUGCACCAUCUGCUGGCUCAGAGACAGUGUGUGGCUGGAGACUACAGAGGAGGCAUGAAUCAUGAAAAGGAAGCUCACAGCAUCUUCCAGAGCAAGUACGGAGAAGAUCAUCCUCAAACCAAAUGCAGCUCUGAUUUCCUGAGGAACAUUACCCAGCAGGCUGUGCGUGUAGAACGGUCAAUUCGUCAGGGAGGUGCGGAGCUUUGUGAUACUCCGCCUGAGGGUUUGGUUCCCUCUCAGGACACCACGCUGGAGCAGCUCGCUCUGGUCAAUGGCAUACUGAAGACUUCCUACAGCACAAGAAUGAUGGAGUUCAAAGAGAAGCUGAAAGAGAUGAAAGCAGCAGAAGAGGCUGAAAAGGCUCAACUGGAGAACUCUGAAUCCACCAAUAAGAAUGAAGCUUCAGAGCUGCAGAGCAGUAAUGGAGAGGUUACUGAGGAGGUCACAGCGAAUGGGGAACAGACGCAAGAGGCCACAGACGCAAAUGCAGAAAGUCAGUCAGCGGAAACCAAUGCUUGUGAGAAAUCAGACCAUUCAAACAUGAAUGGCCAGAUCGAGUCCCAUCUGCAUAACGGAAAUUGUGCCACAAAAAACGAAAGUGAGGAGGAGGAACAACAAUCAAACACCACUAACGGUGUCUCCACUGAGAGCCAAUCAAAAUCAAGUAAUGUUUUGAUGUCAGUAAAUGAAGCACAGUCAGAAUCAGCAGUGGUGAAUGGGAAAGAGUGUGUUGUGAAGGAUGAUUCUGAGAAACAGGUUGAGACCGAGUGAGAUAUGAGGAGGUAGAUCCAGUGUUUGACACAUGACUGUACAACCAUAUCAAAUCAGUGCCUUCACUAAUAGCACGAGAGAGAAGAUGAAGCCAAAUGACAAUCUCUUGAAGACAAAGUUUUGAAGUCAUUAAAAUGUUUGACUAAAUAAACUCUCAUUUCUGUGAGUGAACAUUGGUUAUGCAACUGUCAUAAUUUUGUAGUUUCUUUUUUUUUGGCAGAAUUCCAUUAAAAAAAUAAAAUUGUGAUA